UGCUUAGAUGAUAAGACGGUUUAAAUCGUUUAAAUCAUUUCAGUAUUCAGGGCAAACUCAAAGUAAGAAGAUGUCCAUAACUAAGUAUUUCAGUGAAGAAAAAAUCUGGAGAGGUCCAGAAAAGCCUGCGUGGCUGUUCAAUGAGAAGGCCAAUCUUGGAAGAAUCCUACUGAGUAUCCUUAACCGUGAUCCGCAAAAAGUGGCUCAAAUCAGUGAUAACAACGGAAUUCGGAUGACAAACGGCGAGAUGGUGUCGUAUGCUGAGAAAAUUGCAGGAGGAUUGAAGCAAAGAGGAUGCAAAGUAGGAGAUGUUGUUGGUUUUGUGGCAGCAAAUGGACACAUGUUGGCUCCUACAUUGAUUGCUUGCUUUCUCCUUGAAGCUUCAACAAAUGCAAUGGAUGUGAAUCAGAAUGAAGAUGAGAUCUACAACAUAUUUAAAAUCACCGAACCCAAAUUUAUUUUUUGUGAUGCCCAAAAAAUCAAUCUUAUGGAGAAGGUUGCUGGAAGAUUGCAGGAUUCUCCAACAAUAAUUAUUUAUGGUGAAAAUAAAGUUAAGGCCUACAUCAGCAUUGAAGAUCUAAUACGAGAAGGUGAUGAUGAGGUGUUAAGAAGGAAUAUUUUAUUGGAGGCCUGUCGUCCAUUACAAAUGGACUAUAACAUCAUUUGCUGCUCUUCUGGAACAACAGGUCCUCAGAAGGCUGUCUGCAUUUCCUACCAAUCAAUAGUUGAUGAAUACUGGUAUCAGAAUGUCGUCAGAUCGUCAGAAGGUUCCUUCUUCACCUUCUCUUCUGUAUUUUGGACUGUAGGCUACCUUGUCCUUCUAAGAAGUAUUUUCUACGGACUUACACGCAUAAUUACAACUCAGGACUUCAAUCCUGAACUUUUCCUUAACAUCAUUACCAAAUACAGAGUAACCAAUACACUGAUUAAUCCAUUGUUGCUUUGUCAAGUUCUUGAGUCUCCAAAACUGUCUCCUGAUACUUUUUCUUCUCUCAAGAAAAUCUUUUGUUGUGGAAAUAUAAUAACAGAGGACUUGGUUGAGAAGCUAAAACCCUUCUUAAUGUCAAAAACUAAAUUUAUGAUUAUAUAUGGAAGUACCGAAGCAGGAGCAAUAACUACUUACAACUAUAACUUAAAAGGAACUAUAAGUGUUGGGAACCUAUUACCAGGAAUUGAAGGAAUUGUUAUUGAUGAAGAAGGAAGAAGACUUGGUCCAGGCAUGGUUGGAGAACUUUGCUUUACAACACCUUAUCGGUUCUCUGGAUAUCUGAAAAAUCCAGAAGCAACCAAUGCUUACACAACCAACGAUGGAUUUAUGCGUAGUGGAGACUUAGGAUUCUAUGAUGAAGAUGGUCUUCUCUAUGUAAAUGGACGAUGUAAGGAUGUCAUGAAGUACAUCUUGGCUCAUGUAUCCGGAUCUGAAAUUGAGAGGGUCGUCAAGAAGCAUCCUAGCGUAUCUGAUGUAGUUGCUGUUGGGAUUCCUGAUGAGAAAUAUUCCCAUCUUCCUGCUGUUUUAGUUGUCCUGAAAAACAGAUCAUCUGUUACAGCCGAAGAGAUUUCAGAUCUCGUUGCUGAGAAGCUUCCUGAUUCACAUAAACUUCGUGGAGGAGUUUAUUUUGUUGACAAAAUUCCUGUAACAUCAACAGGAAAGGUGAAGAAAGUUGAAGCUGAGAAAUAUGCUGAACGAAUGUUUAGGUCUCUCAAUUUGAAGGAUUAAGACCUAACAAGGGGAAAUAUAUCACUCUGUUGCACACGUUACUCGUUUCUAGUAUUUAGUAGCCUCUUACGCAUUAUCCAGACACAAAUAAUUUAAGAUUUUUUUUUGGAUUAUAAACCAAAUCUAAUUUCAAUUGUAUAAGACCAAUUAUGUACGUACAAAGUCAAUAAACCUUACUUAUCUUA